CUUGAAGUAUGGAAGUAAUUAAAGUCAAAAGGCAUAUCUAGUUUUUCUCUCCUUCCUUUCUCUUCUCUGGUCAAAGGAUGAAGACGCUGACCAAAAUGCUGGCAAAAGCUCGGUUAACUUUCACCAGCCGCUUGGGAUCGGACCAAACUACGUGCAGGAGCGAAACCACAGCACCCAUAAGUUGAAUUCAAGAAUCAACAAAGCGAAAUAGUUAGGCAAACCGACUUCAAGAAAGGGCAACAUUCGCUAACAUUGUACUGUCUACUGAUCAGGGUAUGCCCUUGUUGCCUUGCUGGAGUUGGAUGGAGUCCCACCAUCAUGUUAGUCAAAACCCAGGACGAUCCUGAUGACGCACCAGAAAAUCAGAAAUGGGCAGGUGGGAUUGUCCUAAUUUAGUCAAUGAACCAGAAGCUUAGCUUCAGGAAGGCGAUGAACCCUAUCGAACAGUGACGUUUGGAUCAAGAACAGAAGCAAAGUCCCAAGCCGCUUGACGUGGGCAGUACCUAAUUCCCCACUUUGCUUCACUUUAAUAGGUGCAUGCCCACAAUAGACACGAUUUAGCUUCGCUAAUCACGUUCCUAUAAAUACGCACCCUCCCUCCAACCCUUUUCAGGCAAUCUCAGCUCAGCUGUAUCAUACUGAAGCAUCCAUCCAUUCGAGAAUCCUUGAAGAGAGUCUUCCUUUUACUGGGUUUUCGCGACAGGACAACAUGAAGGCAGGACAGAUUGAAGCCGCCGAAGCUUCGGAGCAGCAACCGCCAGCUCAAGGGCUGAAGAAAUGGAUGUCGAUAGUCGACUUCGUUCUUCGCAUCGUCGCGGCCAUUGGGACGCUGGGAAGCGCCAUAGCCAUGGCAACGACUAAUGAAACGCUUCCUUUCUUCACUCAGUUCUUACAGUUCAAGGCUCAGUACAACGAUAUACAGUCUUUCACGUUCUUUGUCAUAGCGAACGGCGUUGUCUGCGGCUAUCUCGUGCUUUCUAUCCCCUUGUCAAUCUUCCACGUCAAGAGGCCCGCGAUGACAAUCACCAGAAUCAUCUUGAUCAUCUUCGACACGGCGAUGAUUACUCUUCUCACUGCUGGAGGAUCCGCUGCCGCUGCCAUCGUCUACUUAGCCCACAACGGCAAUAGCAGCGCAAACUGGUUCGCAAUCUGCCAACAAUUCAACUCGUUCUGCGAGCGGACAACGGGAUCUUUGAUCGGCUCUUUCGGGGCAACAAUUGCGAUGAUGUUGCUGAUCAUUCUCUCUGCCGUGGUUAUUUCUCGACCCUAACGUGUUGCCCACCGGGCAGGCAUCGGGUUACUCCGGGUGUUUGGGUCUGUCGGUUAAUCUUUAUUCCUUCCAUUCGGUUUGUAUGUGUAAAAUGCGCACAAGUUUGUGCAUAGUGCAACUUCACUUCUGUUAGUGUAAUCUAGGAUUCCAUUGAUUGAGCGCCUGAGGAUUUCAAAUGUAAACCGAAAGUGUUCUUUGUAUUGUUAAUGAAUAUGAGUGUGACAUGACCA